AUGGCGACUUUGUUGGUUACCAAGCGUGUGCAAGCUCCGAAGAGCUGCGAGGCCUCAAUUCAAGGAUAUUAUUGUCACGGACGACCUCGUAACGCCUGCAGCUCGGAAACUGAUUUAGAACUGUUAAGCGGUCACCAUCCCGGGGGUCCUCCUGCAGCUGUCACCAUCCCGGGGUCCUCCUGCAGCUGUCACCAUCCCGGGGUCCUCCUGCAGCUGUCACCAUCCCGGGGUCCUCCUGCAGCUGUCACCAUCCCGGGGUCCUCCUGCAGCUGUCACUAUCCCGGGGUCCUCCUGCAGCGGUCACCAUCCCGGGGUCCUCCUGCAGCUGUCACCAUCCCGGGGUCCUCCUGCAGCGGUCACCAUCCCGGGGUCCUCCUGCAGCGGUCACCAUCCCGGGGUCCUCCUGCAGCUGUCACCAUCCCGGGGUCCUCCUGCAGCUGUCACCAUCCCGGGGUCCUCCUGCAGCUGUCACCAUCCCGGGGUCCUCCUGCAGCUGUCACCAUCCCGGGGUCCUCCUGCAGCGGUCACCAUCCCGGGGUCCUCCUGCAGCUGUCACCAUCCCGGGGUCCUCCUGCAGCGGUCACCAUCCCGGGGUCCUCCUGCAGCGGUCACCAUCCCGGGGUCCUCCUGCAGCUGUCACCAUCCCGGGGUCCUCCUGCAGCUGUCACCAUCCCGGGGUCCUCCUGCAGCGGUCACCAUCCCGGGGUCCUCCUGCAGCGGUCACCAUCCCGGGGUCCUCCUGCAGCUGUCACCAUCCCGGGGUCCUCCUGCAGCUGUCACCAUCCCGGGGUCCUCCUGCAGCUGUCACCAUCCCGGGGUCCUCCUGCAGCGGUCACCAUCCCGGGGUCCUCCUGCAGCGGUCACCAUCCCGGGGUCCUCCUGCAGCGGUCACCAUCCCGGGGUCCUCCUGCAGCUGUCACCAUCCCGGGGUCCUCCUGCAGCGGUCACCAUCCCGGGGUCCUCCUGCAGCGGUCACCAUCCCGGGGUCCUCCUGCAGCUGUCACCAUCCCGGGGUCCUCCUGCAGCUGUCACCAUCCCGGGGUCCUCCUGCAGCUGUCACCAUCCCGGGGUCCUCCUGCAGCUGUCACCAUCCCGGGGUCCUCCUGCAGCUGUCACCAUCCCGGGGUCCUCCUGCAGCUGUCACCAUCCCGGGGUCCUCCUGCAGCGGUCACCAUCCCGGGGUCCUCCUGCAGCGGUCACCAUCCCGGGGUCCUCCUGCAGCUGUCACCAUCCCGGGGUCCUCCUGCAGCUGUCACCAUCCCGGGGUCCUCCUGCAGCUGUCACCAUCCCGGGGUCCUCCUGCAGCUGUCACCAUCCCGGGGUCCUCCUGCAGCUGUCACCAUCCCGGGGUCCUCCUGCAGCGGUCACCAUCCCGGGGUCCUCCUGCAGCGGUCACCAUCCCGGGGUCCUCCUGCAGCUGUCACCAUCCCGGGGUCCUCCUGCAGCUGUCACCAUCCCGGGGUCCUCCUGCAGCUGUCACCAUCCCGGGGUCCUCCUGCAGCUGUCACCAUCCCGGGGUCCUCCUGCAGCUGUCACCAUCCCGGGGUCCUCCUGCAGCUGUCACCAUCCCGGGGUCCUCCUGCAGCUGUCACCAUCCCGGGGUCCUCCUGCAGCUGUCACCAUCCCGGGGUCCUCCUGCAGCGGUCACCAUCCCGGGGUCCUCCUGCAGCUGUCACCAUCCCGGGGUCCUCCUGCAGCGGUCACCAUCCCGGGGUCCUCCUGCAGCGGUCACCAUCCCGGGGUCCUCCUGGAACGGUUAAUAUCUGA